GUGCUGCAGUGCCAAUGGUGAACCGGUGAGUGUGGACCCCUAAUAUACUAGAGAUCAGGUCAACGUUACAGGGCUACAGUUCACAUAUCAACUGACGUUCACAAAACCCCUACAAGGAUGGGGGUCAUCUCUGUUUACGUUGUACGUCUAACGUGCUACAUGCUAGUAUUAGUAAUGAACUCGCCUCCAUCUACCUACUCGCAGAAUUUAGACAUGGAACUGGAACUUAACCAGCCUCACUGUGAACCCAUCAAGAUAUCAAUGUGCAAGGAUCUGGGCUACAAUAUCACACAGAUGCCCAAUUUAGUUGGACACGAACUACAGCAGGACGCUGAACUCCAGCUCCAAACCUUUACACCGUUGGUACAAUACGGCUGUUCUGAACAACUUCAUUUCUUUCUUUGUUCGGUCUACGUCCCAAUGUGCGACGAGAAAGUACUUACGCCGAUCGGAGCCUGCAGACCUAUGUGUGAGCUUGUGAAAUCGCAAUGUGAACCGGUAUUAAACGAGUUCGGUUUCCCCUGGCCGGCCGCUCUCAACUGUUCCAAGUUUCCAGCACGGAAUGACCAGGACAGUAUGUGCAUGGAAGGACCAGGAGUGGGGCCAACGGGGAAUCCACCAGUCGGACAUAUAACUUCAAACCACGUGUACUAUGAAACAGACGAAUCUGGAUUACAUCCCGGUAAAAAUUGUGAGGAUAUGGGGAGUCCUGAAAGUUAUUACUACGUUAAACGAUCCGAGAAAUGUGCCUUAAUUUGUGACAAGGACCACGUCUUUAUGCAAGAUGAAAAACAGUUCGCCGAUAUUUGGAUGGCUGUAUGGGCUGGCUUGUGUUUUGUAUCAACCGCUAUUACUGUGUUAACAUUUUUAAUCGACUCAGCCAGGUUUAAGUAUCCAGAGAGACCAAUUAUAUUUUUAUCUAUGUGUUAUAAUAUUUAUAGUAUUGCCUACAUCAUCCGACUUAUCGCCGGAAAGCCAGUUAUCGCCUGUGAUGACGAUGGCGUACAGAAGUUCCUCAUAUUGGAAGGCCUCGAAAAUACAGGCUGUGCCAUAGUGUUUCUACUACUUUAUUUCUUCGGUAUGGCCAGUUCCAUUUGGUGGGUGAUUUUGGCAUUUACGUGGUUCUUGGCGGCCGGACUCAAAUGGGGACAUGAGGCGAUUGAAAUGCACAGCAGUUAUUUCCAUCUCGCUGCCUGGGCAAUCCCCGCUGUCAAAACUAUUAUAAUCUUGGUUAUGCGGGUUGUAGACGCCGACGAACUUACGGGACUUUGCUAUGUGGGCAACCAAAACUUAGAUGCACUGACAGGGUUUGUCUUAGCGCCUUUGUUUACAUAUCUCGCUAUCGGUACGCUGUUCCUCUUUGCUGGCUUUGUUUCCCUCUUCAAGAUAAGAAACAUAAUGCAAAAGGAUGGUACAAAAACUGAUAAAUUAGAAAGACUGAUGGUAAAAAUUGGCGUGUUCUCAGUACUUUAUACAGUGCCUGCCACUAUCGUUAUAGCAUGUUAUUUUUACGAACAUUCGAACAGACAAGCUUGGCUCCAUGAUGAGGUGAGACCGAAUAUUGAAGUGUUCAUGGUUAAGAUGUUCAUGCUUUUAGUCAUAGGCAUCACAAGCGGUAUGUGGAUAUGGUCAUCAAAAACUUUAUCGUCGUGGAGAAAGUUUUCGCAGAGGAUUCUGCCACAUGCUAAGUCCAAAUACGAGAUCAGAGCCAACGGGGUCCAUAGGGGAAAUGAGACUGCUGUGUGAACAAUAUUGUUAACAGUUAAACUAGUUAGCGAGCUGAUGGAAACAUUCAAACACUAUGAAAAAAAUUGAAUGAGUAAAGUGAAAACCUAGGUGCUUUGUUUGCAUAGGCUGUAGAUAGAACACGGCGUUUUGUCAGGUGACCAACAAAGUAAUUAUCACCUACAAAUUGUCACUUGUUUGCGAAUUGUCUUUUGGCACAUUCGGCAAACAAUUGGGCGGCCUAAUUGUGUUUGGUCUGGAUCGGUCAUAAGUGUCAAACUCAGACCCCCCCCCGUAUGUCACAAAUGACCUAAAACGUCAACACUAAAACCGACUAAAGCAAAGUGAAUUUAACCAUUGCGGAGCCAACAGCUGGGAACUUUUGAGUCGAAUAGAUUAGAGACGGAUUAUAGACAACCUAUUCACCAACGCGUUGAGAUCUUUCCAUUUUAAUUAUAUCAUAUGGGUCCCAUUCCAAAAUUUCACUCGUCUAUUAUGGAAUAAUCGAAACGUAACGACAAAUAAGAACGAACCAUGUUUGUACAUUUCAAGAGGGGUGCAAGGUACAAUUGUCUACCUACUAGCUAGAAGCAACAACUGAACACCUAUAACAAGAGAAUAUAUUAUUUUUGUUGGAAGAACACUACAUUUUUUAUGAGUCGUUUCUUCGAGAGUUAUCUUUUUACGUGAAUGUAAAGAGUCCUAAUUAUAAGUGUAUCUAUGUAUAUUAAAAUACAGUAACAUUUUACUAUUU